AAAAAAAAAGAAAAAAAAGAUACUCGAUGUAACGUAAUUUCCACUUUACCCAGUUUUAUCACCAUAAAUUACAGAGAUUUCCUAUGUAUCAGUGAGUUUCUGUUGGAAAAGCUUUUUAUAAAAUAAGUUUGGUAUUGAAAGAAAAUAGAAGAAAAAGAGAGAUUUUGCCAUGGCUACAGAAACUGAGUGUUGCAAGACUUCAGGACCAGGGUAUGGUUCUCCAUUGGAAGCCAUGUCUGGUCCUAGAGAAGCUCUUAUUUAUGUUACUUGUGUUUAUACUGGAACUGGAAGAGAGAAGCCUGAUUACCUUGCAACAGUUGAUGUUGAUCCAAAUUCACCUACUUAUUCUAAAAUUAUAAACAGGCUACCUGUGCCAUAUUUUGGUGAUGAACUACACCACUCAGGAUGGAAUGCAUGCAGCUCUUGUCAUGGAGAUCCAUCUGCAGAUCGACGAUUUCUGAUCCUGCCUUCAUUGAUAUCUGGUCGUAUCUAUGUGGUUGACACAAAGAAGAAUCCCAAGGCUCCCUCAUUGCAUAAAGUGGUGCAGCCUGAGGAUAUCGUUAAGAAGACAGGCCUAGCAUAUCCGCACACAUCUCACUGCCUAGCCUCUGGAGAUAUAAUGGUGUCAUGUCUCGGGGACAAAGAUGGAAAUGCUGAAGGAAAUGGAUUUCUUCUCCUUGAUUCUGAAUUUAAUGUGAAAGGAAGGUGGGAGAAACCAGGGCAUAGUCCGCUGUUUGGCUAUGACUUUUGGUACCAACCUCUACAUAAAACAAUGAUCAGCUCAUCAUGGGGUGCUCCUGCAGCCUUCACCAAAGGUUUCAACCUUCAGCAUGUCACAGAUGGUCUGUAUGGGAGACAUCUGUAUGUGUAUAGCUGGCCUGAUGGUGAAUUGAAACAAACAUUGGAUCUCGGUGACACUGGUCUCAUACCAUUAGAGAUAAGAUUCCUGCAUGAUCCCUCUAAAGAUACAGGGUAUGUUGGGUGUGCGUUGACAAGUAACAUGGUGCGGUUUUUCAAAACCCAAGAUGGAUCAUGGAGCCAUGAGGUGGCAAUCUCAGUGAAAUCAUUGAAGGUGCAAAACUGGAUUCUUCCUGAAAUGCCUGGACUUAUAACCGACUUUCUAAUCUCUCUUGAUGAUCGUUUUCUGUAUUUUGUCAACUGGCUUCAUGGAGAUGUCCGACAAUAUAAUAUUGAGGACCCUAAAUAUCCAGUCUUGGCUGGCCAAGUGUGGGUUGGAGGACUGAUUCAAAAUGGAAGCCCUAUACUGGCAGUGACAGAAGAUGGUAAAACGUGGCAAUCCAAUGUUCCUGAGAUCCAGGGACACCGUCUCAGAGGGGGACCCCAGAUGAUCCAAUUGAGCUUAGAUGGGAAGAGGCUAUAUGUAACGAACUCACUGUUCAGCACAUGGGAUCGCCAAUUCUAUCCUGAUCUUGUGGAGAAGGGUUCCCACAUGUUACAAAUUGAUGUUGACACUGAGAAAGGUGGUCUUAAAAUAAACCCGAACUUUUUUGUUGACUUUGGAGCUGAACCUGAUGGCCCUUCUCUGGCUCAUGAGAUGAGAUAUCCAGGUGGUGACUGCACUUCAGAUAUUUGGAUUUAAGCACCCUGAACUAAUUUAGCAGUGAAGAAUCAUCCUUUAUUGUAGUAGGACAAAAAAAAAAAAAAUCAACGCAAUUCCAGUUACAAUGUGUUGAGGCAGGAUCAUCUGGAAAGAUAUAAUGUAUGUAUAAACUGUAGAUCAGCACGUCUAUGUAAAAUUAUAACCAGCUGAAAGUAGUCAAUAAAGAGUCCAAAUUGCAUUGUCUGAGCUAA